UGGCUAUUUUUAGCGAUUUUCCGCUGUUGUCUCUCUCCAACUCGCUGCCCAAAAAAAGAUUUCUCGCUUGCGCUUGCGCUAAAUGCUUAAUAAACCGUUUUAACCGUUAAACGCGAGUUCUUGAGCCCCACCAAACGUACACCGAGUGACUAGAAAACCAGAAGGAAAACUCCGGGAAAAUGAAAGCCGAGGAAUAUCGGGGCUAGCAAUCGCAGGCAGCAGGCCACCAUUUUUAAUUUCUUUGUUUAUUUUGUGCCCAUCUUCGCGAGCGAGUGAGACAGACAGAGCGCUAGAAAGAGAGAGCAGGAGGAGUUGGCUAUGGAAAUGGAAAUGGGAUUGGAAUUGGAAAUGGGCUCACAGCAGGGAUAACGGACAAAUUGCAGCGAUGGCCAGCAGCGCCGGAAGUGCGGGAUCCGGAUCCGGUUCCAUCGUCACCGGUGGAGGAUCUUCCGCCUCCAGCGGUCCGCCCGUGAACCACGCCCACGCCGUCUGCGUCUGGGAGUUUGAGUCGCGUGGCGGCAAGUGGCUGCCCUAUUCGCCGGCUGUGUCGCAGCAUUUGGAAAGGGCCCACGCCAAGAAACUGACCCGCGUCAUGUUGAGCGACGCAGAUCCCAGCCUGGAGCAGUACUACGUCAACGUGCGCACCAUGACGCAGGAAUCGGAGGCGGAGUCGGCGGGGUCCGGACUCCUCACCAUUGGCGUGCGCCGGAUGUUCUAUGCCCCCAGCUCGCCGGCGGGCAAGGGCACCAAGUGGGAGUGGUCCGGCGGCAGUGCCGACAGCAACAACGACUGGCGGCCCUACAACAUGCACGUCCAGUGCAUCAUCGAGGACGCAUGGGCCAGGGGCGAACAAACCUUGGACUUGUGCAACACCCACAUCGGCCUGCCGUACACCAUCAACUUUUGCAAUCUCACCCAGCUGCGCCAGCCCAGCGGGCCCAUGCGCAGCAUCCGGCGAACUCAGCAGGCGCCGUAUCCCUUAGUGAAGCUGACGCCACAGCAAGCCAACCAACUCAAGUCGAGUUCCGCCAGCGGGAACAGCCAGUACAACACUCUGCCCAAACUGGGGGACACCAAGAGCCUGCACAGAGUGCCCAUGACACGGCAGCAACAUCCACUGCCCACCAGCCAUCAAGUGCAGCAACAACAGCAGCAUCAGCAGCAGCACCAGCAGCAACAGCAGCAGCAACAACUCCAUCACCAGCAGCAGCAUCAACAUCAGAUGCAGCACCAUCAGAUCCAUCAUCAGACGGCGCCGAGGAAGCCGCCUAAAAAGCACAGCGAGAUCUCCACCACAAAUCUGCGGCAGAUACUCAACAAUCUGAACAUCUUCAGCAGCAGCACCAAGCACACGAACAUGGCCACGGCGGCCAGUGCCAGUUCGUCCUCCUCGUCGGCCUCCCUGCACCACGCCAAUCACCUGUCGCAUGCCCACUUCUCGCACGCCAAGAACAUGCUGACCGCCUCGAUGAACAGCCAUCACAGUCGCUGCUCCGAGGGAUCGCUGCAAUCGCAAAGGAGCAGCCGGAUGGGCUCGCAUCGCUCGAGAUCGAGGACGCGGGCCUCGGACACGGAUACGAACAGCGUUAAAUCGCAUCGGAGGAGACCCAGCGUGGACACAGUGUCCACUUACCUCAGCCACGAGAGCAAGGAGAGCCUACGCAGCAGGAAUUUCGCCAUUUCGGUCAAUGAUCUGCUGGACUGUUCACUUGGAAGCGAUGAGGUUUUCGUACCCUCGCUGCCGCCAUCGUCGCUGGGUGAAAGGGCUCCGGUGCCGCCACCAUUGCCACUGCAUCCGCGACAGCAACAGCAGCAGCAACAACAGCAGCAACAGCUGCAGAUGCAACAGCAGCAGCAGCAGGCGCAGCAGCAACAGCAACAAUCAAUCGCCGGUUCGAUUGUGGGCGUGGACCCGGCCAGCGAUAUGAUUUCGCGAUUUGUCAAGGUGGUGGAGCCACCGCUGUGGCCCAAUGCCCAGCCCUGUCCCAUGUGCAUGGAGGAGCUGGUGCACUCCGCCCAGAAUCCGGCCAUCUCGCUGAGUCGCUGCCAGCACCUGAUGCAUUUGCAGUGCCUCAACGGAAUGAUAAUUGCCCAGCAGAAUGAAAUGAACAAGAACCUCUUCAUCGAGUGCCCUGUAUGCGGAAUUGUUUACGGUGAGAAGGUGGGCAAUCAGCCCAUAGGCAGCAUGUCCUGGAGCAUUAUCAGCAAGAAUCUGCCAGGACACGAGGGACAGAACACCAUACAAAUUGUCUACGACAUUGCAUCGGGCCUGCAGACGGAAGAACAUCCGCAUCCUGGUCGUGCCUUCUUCGCCGUGGGAUUCCCACGGAUCUGCUAUUUGCCGGAUUGCCCGUUGGGGCGAAAGGUGCUGCGCUUCCUGAAGAUCGCCUUUGACCGUCGGCUGCUGUUCUCGAUCGGACGAUCGGUGACCACCGGACGCGAGGAUGUGGUUAUCUGGAACAGUGUGGAUCACAAAACGCAGUUCAAUAUGUUUCCGGAUCCCACCUAUCUGCAGCGGACCAUGCAGCAGCUGGUGCACCUGGGCGUGACGGAUUAAGGGAGUUCCUUUCCCCAGAAGAACCAACCAAUCACCCACCCACCGAAGCCCCUGAAAAGCAUAAAAAAAACCUUCACCUUAAUCAUUCUCUUCCAUUCGUUGAUAAGUUACUUCCUACAUAAUCUCAGUGUGUGUGCAAUCCUCGUUUACUAUGAUAUAUUUUUUUUAUAGAUAUAUUGUAAUAGCGUUCAAGCUGCUCGAACCCUAAACAACAGCAAACCACAAUUGCAAUUGUAGCUUCCUUUCCGCUCUUCCAAUUCGUAUUUGUACGCACUUACCCAAUAGAAUACCGUACAUCAUAUGUAUUAUCUAGCUAGUUAGAUAGUUUUAGUGUUAGUCUACAAGAGAAUCUUGACCCAAGACACCUACUAGUAUUAGGCUUAUCCUGAUUCCUGAUUCGAUUCAAGCCACGCCACGCCAUCCCUCAAACAUUCGAGUGUAAGCUGUGCCAAAAUCGUAGCGCUCCCGUUUAGGAUAUGUAUAUUGUUCAUUUUAGGUAGCUUAUAACCAUCGCCCAUCUCUCCAUCCCUCUCGGUUUCGAAUUUGUCUUUUUUUUUAUUCUAGCCGUAUAUGCAUACAACUUUAGAUCGUAGAUUGCUAUAGGUUUAAUCGUAUUUACAGAGAGAGGGGAUUGGGGAUGGGCGUUUUCGAUAGACUUGUCUCACUCGUCUUGGCCAUUUAAUCUCUUCCAUUCAGCGAAUUUGAUGUGAUUUUAAUUUGAAUUAUUCAUUAUUAAACUGAGCCUGCUACGCAUAUAGGGAGCAUAAUUGUAAAUCAGCCAGAUAUUCCAUAUAUAUACAUAUAAACAUACAUUUAUCAUACCGCA